AAUGUGACCGGUGUGAUUGCCAACUCAGAAAUCAAUGGCAUACCAUUCUCCAAGACCAAAAAUGACAUUUUCCCGGUCGUUGGUGCCGCUCCGCUUCUAACAGGCGACAACAUCAACGACAUCCAAAGCUUUAACAACCUUAUUAACCGCAACGAUGUGCCCUUCCUAACAGGCCUAACCGGUGCCCAAACCAACGGCGUCCUACAAAACACGGGCAACAACGACAACGUUCUCAACUCCGGCAACCAACCUUUCAUCACUACCGGACAGCUCCCACCCGAAACUCUUCAAAGGCUCAUGUUUGGGACCAUAACCGUCAUCGACGAUGAAUUAACCGAAGCACAUGAGUUAGGGUCAGCUGUGCUAGGCAGAGCACAAGGAUUCUAUUUGGCUAGCUCCUUGGAUGGUAACAGCCAAACCAUUGCCUUGACAGUUGUGUUGCAUGGAGGUGAACAAGAAGUCGAGGACACCAUUAGUUUCUUCGGUGUUCAUUGGACCGUGUCGCCCGAAUCGCAGAUCGUGGUGGUCGGUGGAAUCGGGAAGUACGAGCACGCCAAAGGGUACGCCUCGAUCGAGACCCUUCUUCACCAGGAGGAUCAGUACAUAACCGAUGGUGCGGAUACGAUGUUGCAUUUCAAUGUUUACCUCACCGAGUGA